AUAUAUAUAUAUAACCAUAUAACCAUAUAUAUAUAACCAUUCGCUCGCUUCACGAGCUCGGCUGGCUCGCAACGAUAAAUCCUCCCCGAUUCCAAACUUCAAAGGUUGGCAUCUCUGGCAUCAAUAAACUAUACUUUAUUGAACUAAUGUGUUGAGAAAAGCUUAGAAUGCACCAAAUUGCACCAUUUAAAACAAAUUCUGGUGGGAGAGAUGUCCCUAGACCCCACUAGCCUGUGAUGCUCGCUGUGCUAGGACGUCGAAAUGCGCAAAUACACCUAAAGAAAUUAACGCAUCAGAUAUUUUUAUACUGCACAAUAGACAUGGAUAAUUCAAAGAAAUCUCGCGGAGAGCUAUUUCCUAGACUUCAACAAACGGAAGAAGACUGGUUUUCCCAAGCGUUUAACCCACCAAUAACGCGUCGAAUCAUACCCGAGAGGUCAAUAUCGACGUUCAAGGAGCUGAUAUGGCAGAGCAAGACAACUGGAUGGCUGCCGAUGUACGGUAGGUUAUAUUGAACAAUUUGAAAAAUAUUGCCAUUUUAAUUUUUAACGGUUUUUAAGUCACGUUCAUUUUAUUCAUUUACAAUUUUUUUUCAGCGAGGGGGUUGUGUAUAACUUUUGCAUAUUAUGUUUCUACAUCAACUUUUCGAAAUUUGGGGGACAGCCGCCCUCUCUCGGAUCCUCCUCAUAGACAAAGACAUGGUUUAUUGGCACCGUGCUAUAUGUACAACCAUAUAGGUACAACCAACCCCAAGAGCCUGCGAACGGGGUGUGGCGUUAGCCCAAAAAUAUAUACCGUAAAUCCUCGAAUUAACGCUCAGGGUGCUUAUUUAAUUUUCCCAAAUCGUGACCAGAUGUUCAUUUAUAUCUGCAGAAUAUAACUGAAAACUUACAUGACUGAUGCGUAAUAAACACAACCAAAACUACUCAACGUUUGUUGUUUUAGAACUCGCAAGGGGGAGGGGCGCUUAUUCGAGGAGGGCCACUUAUUUUAAAUUUGGGAUAAAACGGGGGCUGCUUAUUCGAUGGGGGCGCUAAUUAGAGGAUAGACGCUAUUAUAAAUCAUGCAUUAUCCCUUAUAUUGAAUAAAAAAUGCUACACUACACUACAACCAAACUUGGACAGGGAACACAUUUUACAGCAUCUUUAACAUAUGGCAUUCAUGUCUAUUUUAGCUAUGACAUCAGAUGAACUCUCUCGUCUUGCGGCCUCAGGAUCUCGAGGAUGGCUUUCAACUGAUCACAUAACAUGGGUCUUAGAUAAGCUGAAUAAGUCACAAAACGAUGUCCUCCUGUUCUGCCCCAAUGCUGUGGUAGAUGUUCAAAGUACGAUGGCCAGAAUGUCAAAAAGUUUUAACCUUGGUACACUCAAGCGUAUGGUGUUUGUUCUGAAUGUUGGAAAUCGGCAAGGCGCAACAACAUUCAUAGGAGGUCUCGGUAAUAAUCCCCCUGGCAAUCACUGGGUCUUGGUAGUCAUCGAGUUACGACCCUACAAGCGUAUAUACUACUGUGACAGUCUAGCAUGGGAGUUCCCAGCAGAGCUUCUAGCAGCAGUUAAUAGGUUCGUCACCUACAUCCCACAAGUAGGAGAAUUUGAGCAAAGGCAUGUAUCCAUGGCUCAUUGUCCUCAAGCGACCACUACAAACGGUCACCGAUGUGACGGUCGAUGCCUCAACUAUUCGUUGCAGACCUGCUCUUCCAUGUGUGGUGUAAUUGCACUUGCUAAUGCUGCUACUGCUGCUCUUAACGAUGAUCUGCUGAAGUGGCUCACCGGCCCUCCCUCUAAGAAUAGUCUCUAUCUGCAACAUCCGAGCCAGCAUGUAUAUUACCUGAGACGAGUGUUGAUGGCCUGGUUUGCUGAAGGUAAAAUAGAGCUGGAUUAUAUGUUGCCCCCUGUCGGGUCUAUGACCAGUAAUCAGCAGAGUUCAGACCACAAUUUUUCCCAGUGGCAGAAGGUAUCAGGACGAAAAGGCAAGACACAACCUGUAGAUUUCUCCGCUAGUCCUCCGAGAAGUGAUGAUGCAGUAGAUUCGUCACCUUCCAAAACACCUAGCUCAAAUGACUCGCCUAGUUUCGUCCCACCAGAAGCUAAAAUGAAGGAUUCUUUGGUUAACCCACCUAGUUCUGCACCACCCAAAGAACAAACGAAGAUCACGUCAGCUAAUCUUUCACCAGCAAAAUCCAAAAAAAGAGCUUCUUCAGAUAAUUCUUCACCACUGAAAGCAAAAAAGUCCUCGGCAAGUAAAAGUUGCCCGAAAUAUCAGUGCAAUAAAUGCGGACAGACGUUGAGCAGUAGGAACACGCUGUACAAACACAGACUCAGACACAGAAGACGCAAUAACACAAAGCAACAUGAUAACGGGAAAGGGAAGCCAGUCAUCUGUCCUGACUGUAGAGACACUGAAAACAUGCCAAACGGGUUUGACACGACAAAGCAGUUGAUUGCACACUUAAAUUCUGACCAUGAUCGAAAGCUGGUAAUAGAAGAAUCAACAUUCAAUUGUUGGCAAGACUUUCAAAAAUGGAAGCAGGAGGAGGAAACGAUUACUAAGACUUGGUAUGUGAGACCGAGGGCAGACAGGCAUACAGAGUAUUACAAUACAACGUGGCUACACUGCAACAGAGCUGGCACAUUUGAGACCAGAGGUUCUGGUAAGAGGCCCUUAAAAUCACAGGGAACUUCAAAGACUGGAUGCAGCUGUCCCGCAUUUAUCACUGCCUGGACAUAUGUAACAGGAGAGGUGAAGGCAGAGUACUGCUUAAAGCAUGUAGGUCAUCGACAAGAAAGCGCUUACAACAGAAUUUCGCCGGAGAUGCGCACUACCAUUGCUGCCAAACUUGCGCAGGGUGUUAGCAUGAACUCUGUGCUGGACUACAUCCGGGACAACAUAGUUGGGCCACUGCAUAGAGAUCACUUAACCACCCGUGCUGACCUCCGUAACAUUAAGCAGCAGUACAGUAUCAACUCUAUGCAAAAGGCCAACAACGAUGCAGACAGCGUCUUAUUCUGGGUAGAAGAAAUGACGACAGAGGAUUAUAAUCCUGUUAUAUGUUUUAAGCGCCAAGGCGAAAAAUCCAUCUAUCCAGGUGUCGAGAACAAAGACUUUCUGCUUGGAUUGCAGACGGAAUUCCAGGCGAAAAUGUUCAAGCAGCAUGCCCAUAAAGUAGUCUGUCUCGAUGGUACACAUGGAACAACUGCCUAUGACUUUCAAUUGAUUACUGUUAUGGUUAUCGACGACUUCAAUGAGGGAAUUCCUGCUGCGUGGCUUAUCACCAACAGAGAAACGGCUGAUGCUUUAAAGGUCUUUUUUACAAGCAUCAGAGAGAGGUGCGGUAACGUGCAAACAGAUGAUUUCAUGAGCGAUGAUGCUGAGCAGUACUAUAACGCCUGGCGUUAUUCAUUCUCAAGACCAAACAGAAAGCUCCUAUGCAGCUGGCACGUCGAUCGCAGCUGGAGGAGGAAGCUGAAUCAAUGCAUUAAAGACAGGGAACAACAAGCAGAGAUGUAUGCAGUUAUGAAGGCACUGCAAAAUGAACCAUCAGAAGCUCAGUUUCGUCGCUCCUUACAACAGUUUUUAGCAUGGGUAAAAGACAUAUCUGAGCCCCUGGCCAAUUAUUUUCAGAAAGAAUACGUCGGCAGAGUUGGAGAAUGGGCAGCUUGCUUUCGAGCUGGCUCUAAAACUAAUACCAACAUGUUCGUGGAGAGUUUUCAUCGCACUCUCAAGCAUGUCUACUUCGAGCGAAAGCAAAAUCGACGGGUUGACCACCUAAUAUUCAAGCUCGGGAAAAUUUCAAGGGAUAAGGCUUUUGAGCAGCUAAUAAAAGCAGAAAAGGGCAAAUCUACUAUAAGACAGCGGGAAAGUUGCAAGCGCCACAAGCAAGCGGAAGCUACAGUGCAGAGAAAAGGAGUUCUACUGUUAGAUUCCAACAGCUGGACAGUAGAAUCCGUAUCCAAAAAAGGCACCCAAUAUCAUGUGCGAAGAUUACGAACUGCUCCCUGCACUUGUCUGCUACAAUGCAAGUUUUGCAAUGCUUGUGUCCACAAGUUCAAAUGUACCUGCCCUGAUUACAUUUUGCGUUCUCUAGUGUGCAUCCACAUUCAUUCAGUUAAUAUAUUUUACCACUCACACAUUACUACGCAACUAGAGCAGGACAAAGUUGAUCACAUAGAAGUCGAGGAUUUUGUACACGAACGUGAAGAACUAAGUAAGAUCAUACAUCAGGAGGAACAACUCAAGGAGGAACAGCAGCUUCAAGAUCUGAAAACCGUUGCACUUGGCAAGAUUUCUGAGCUUAGUGAUUUGAUAAGGCAGGCUCCAACAAGAGAUACAAUUAGUUCAACUUUGCAGCACACUCGUUCUGCGAUUUCAGUGGCUAAAGUUCUCAGUGUAAUUGGGAAUGAUCACCACUACCUGCAGACAAAGUCAAUUCCAUCUAACAAACUGGCUGAAAAACAAAACAAUUUCUUGUCUACAAGGAAAAAGAAAAGUGUUCGGCACCAGAUGGCUACAAUGUCUGACACUACACAGACGCAAUUAGAAGAAGCUGGUGUUGAAGUGUGUGGAUUCUGUUUAAAAGAAAAUCCACCAGGCAUGGACAAUGAUACUGUGGACUGGAUAGUGUGACAAGUGUAAAGUUUGGG